CCGGAAAUACGUCAGAAAAGCGCGCCGUUGUUUGGCUUUAGAACUCUGAAUGAUUAUUUUAAAUUUGCCCUUUUUUAAUCUUUGUUUGCUGUUAUAUUGGUACUAGUCAAUCUUAGCCAAAAUUACAUUUCAAUCUAAGACCGCAAGCAGAAAAAAAUGUAGAUAUUGAAGCUAUAUUUCGAAAUCAUUCAUGACUUAUGUCUUUUGCUAGGUAGCUAGUCACUAGCAAGCUAAUAUCAGUGUUUAUAACAACUAGCUAGCUAAGUUUUCCAGACAACAAUACCCUAUUUACGGGUAUAAUUUCGCCUUAAUUUGUACAGUACAUAAAUAUAGCAAUGUCAUGCACACUGGAAAAGGUGUUGUCCGAUGCUCGGACUUUGUUGGAGCGAUUAAAAGAGCACGACACUGCAGCCGAGAGUCUUAUCGAGCAGUCUAGUGCUCUGAGCCAGAGAAUACACUGCAUGAAGGAAGUUGGAAAUGCUCUUCCUGACAAGUACAUGGAGACAAUUCCAGGAUAUCAGGAGCUGUCCAAAUCCAAACCACACAUACUCCUGACCCAGGAGAACACCCAAAUCAAGGAACUUCAGCAAGAGAACAAAGAGCUUUGGCUUUCUUUGGAAGAGCACCAGUAUGCUCUGGAGUUGAUCAUGGGCAGAUAUCGGAAACAAAUGCUGCAGUUGAUGAUGGACAAGAAGGAGAUGGAUACCAAGCCUGUGCUCAGCCUUCAUGAAGAUCAUGCCAAGGAGGUGCAGAGCCAACUGGAGCGGAUUUGUGAGAUGGGCCAGGUGAUGCGCAGAGCCGUACAGGCGGAUGACCAGCACUACUGCUCUGUAAAAGAGAGACUGGCUCAACUGGAGAUUGAAAACAAGGAGCUCCACGACCUCUUGGCCAUCAGUAAGAAUAUGUUAAAACCACAGCGGGAAGAGGCGAGCCAUCCAGACACAGAGCCCAAGCCUAAAGUUAUUGACAAGGAGUGAUGACGUCUGAAGAUAUGAAACGUGCUGAGACAUGCUCUGCUUUAUGGCUCCAGUUCAGUGCAAUGUCCAUCGUACCCUCUCAGGUCACCUGUUGGUGUGUUGGACCAUGUGUGUUGUGGCUUUUUGGUGUUGCUGACUGGUCUCAGUGUAACCUCAGUAUAGAGGGAAAGUUGUUUUCUCUUUCUCUCAGGAAAGACUUGCAGUCUCUGUCUAUUUAAACAGAAGACAAAUCUAUGAUAAAUUGAAAUACUCAUGCAACCUAUUUAUAUAGGCCUUUUCAAAUUAAGCUCAACAUUGUGGAAUGCUUUGCAAAAGUAUUUAAACCCCUGGCACAUUAUGAUGCGUGGUCAUGCUGAUUAAAAAGAAUAGUUACUUUUUUAGACUGAAUUAACUUGUCUGGUGCAUGCUUGACAAUCCUGAUGGCAUUUUAACUACAAAAUGAACUCAUCAUUAUUCCACCCACAUCAUGGGUUCUUCAUUCAUUUUUAGGAAAGGUGGAGAAAGACACCAAUAUAUUUAUGUAAGGAGACGCAAACGUCAGUGAAAUUAGUGACGCGAUGGCAAUAAAUUAGCCACUACUUGAAACAUUUAUCAAAAAGCUCGCUGAGCUCUGUGUGAACAUGUAUAUAGUUUUAAUGAAUACAUUUGCAGUCUGAAUUGUUCAGAUUAGAAAAAGUGCUCUCGUUUUUAUUCAGCAUAACCUUGUGCGUUUGUCUAAACACGUAUUUUAAUUAAAAAAUGUGUCUGAAUGGUUAAAAACCUUUGCAAGACACUGAAUCAUCACCCCGCCUCCACCCCCUUAGUUAUGUAACUUUGUGUUUGAAUAGUCUGAAGUAGCUUUUAUUCAAAUAGAUUUAAUUUACUUUUUAUUUUAUUUUUUUUCCAUUUGUAGGUUGGGUAAAAUGUUUUUGGCGACAUAAACUCCAUAGAUUUCAUGCCUGCGGACAGUUUUUGUUCUGUUUGCUUCACAUUUGUUUUUAUCAUAAUAUAAAAUUUUUCAAUUUUAAUCAUCCAAGACAGGGACUUUGGGUGAAAAAUGGUGCUGGUUCUUCAGACACUGGUUUAUUUAUAAUGGCUCAGGUGGAUAAGGCGCCAUACCAUAAAUCCGGGGACCCGGGUUCGAUUCCGACCCGAGGCCAUUUCCCGAUCCCUCCCCGUCUCUCAUUUCCUGAUCCCUCCCAGUCUCUCAUUUCCUGUCUCUACACUGUCCUAUCCAAUAAAGGUGAAAAAAAAAAUCUAAAAAAAAAAAAAGAGCCUUAUUUGUUCCAAGAUCAAAAUAAAGCUUUUAUUGCUGUGCAUGUCAUUGUGCUAUUAGAUUGUUGCAUUAUAGUGUGUUUGUCUAUCUAUUCUUUUUAAUAAAA